AUGAUUUUUACCCUCCGGCAACUUCAAGAGAAGUGCCGCGAGCAGAACACUCCCCUGAUGAUCGCGUUCGUCGACCUGAACAAGGCCUUCGACACGAUUGCCUUUGGUGACACUCUGCAGGGAAUCCACCUUCAUACUAGAGCAGACGGUAAGUUGCUGAAUGCUCAACUUCUGAAAGCUCGACGUAACCGCGAAGAUUUAUUUCUUGAUAGCAUGCUUUUUGCCGAUGACGCAGCAUUUGUUGCCGAAACACCUCAUGAGCUCCAAGUCCUGCUGGACAAAUUUGCCUACGCUUGUGGCUUAUUUUCCAUGUCCAUAAAUACGAAGAAGACAGUAAUUCUAGCGCAGGGUUACACAUUCCAGCCGUCCAUCUCGCUGGAAGGCGUACCCUUGGAUGUAGUCGAUAAGUUCUGCUACUUAGGGUCGACCGUGUCGAGCAACCUUUCGCUUGAUGCAGAGGUCAAUAUUCGCAUCGGCAAGGCGGCCACGACGUUCGGUAGGCUGCGUGCAAGAGUAUGGAACAACAAACACCUUACGACGAAGACCAAGAUGACUGUCUACCAAACUUGUGUCUUAAGCGUGCUCUUGUACGGGGCCGAAACUUGGACGUCGUACGCUAAUCAGGAACGAAGACUGAACACCUUCCACAUGCGCUGUCUUCGGAGUAUACUCGACAUAACAUGGAAAGAUAGGGUCACCAACGAAAGUGUGCUGGACAUCGCUCAGCUGCCUAGUAUUACCGCGCUCCUAAAGCAGAGACGCUUGCGGUGGCUGGGCCAUGUGCAGCGUAUGGACAUACAUAUGGCCAUUUGA